ACCGGCCGGCAUCAGUCAGAUUUUCUUCCAAUUUCGUAGAGCAAGCCUCAAUUUUGUCAUCACAAAGCAUCAUCCCCGAUUGCACUGCACCAUCUCCAAACUUUACCGGGACAUCUUCAAAUUAUUGCCCUGUCAGAACACAGAAAAGAAUUCGAUAGAAAGCUUAUCUUUGCAAGAAGUUUGGACGAGUCAUUUAGUUUUGCUUCGAUUCUGCUCUGUGGGUUACUUUGGCUCGUAGUUUGUUGGUCAACAAUACUCCACGUGGUUUUGUCGCAUGCUUUCAGAGGCCGGUACAUGUGGACGUCUCGAACCUGAUCGCUUUGGAUCCACUAAGAACCUAUUCAUAAAGCUGUCUUCAGCAGCCACGAUAUCUUAUACCAGAUCGUCCAGCAUGAUGUCGACUACUUUAAGUUGCCAAUGGUUACUAAUCAGCAUCGGAACAGUCCUCAUCAUCCCCGCCAUCAACCUCGCCUCAGCCGGUAUCACCAGACAUCGAGGCUCGAUGUCAUUGGACAAACGAGGAGGUCACUAUCAGCCAUCAUCAUCAGACUCGACCUCCUCCUCCUCCUCACAUAUUCACGACCACCAGGUUGAACAAGAGGAACAUGAUUUCGUGUCUGAGAAUAGAACAUCACCAUCACUUCCUCUGAUCCAAGAUGGCGGUGAAAUCAUGCUACCAAGAGGGUUUAAAAUCAUUGCUCUCGAUGAGGACGAUACUCCAUUUAUCAUCAUUCCAAACAUGCAUCACAUUUUGGAAAAUAAUAGUGAUUUGACGAAAUUGCUGAAAUCUGCUUUGAGAGAGGCUCAUCGGAACAAGCGUUCACCAUCAACUAAUGAAGCCUCGUCAUCGAGAUCAUCGUCACCGCAAUCGGUUUGCAGAUUCGAAUACCGAACCACCGUACUCAGAGAAGGGCAUUGUGUUCGAUUUGGAGACUUCCCAGCGUGUCUCUCUGGUGAUCAGAUGUACCCCUAUGCACGGGAUUGCGUUGGGCGUAGGAACUUUGGUUAGUCCGAAACAUCAUCUGGUUCAACACUCUGCACGAUGCAUUCGAUUUGUGUGUAUCACAGGGGAUCUUGUGGCACGUUGAGGGGAGACGUUGAUUCGCUCCUUACCCAUGUGUGGAGUAAUCAUGAACAUAUUUUGCGGAUCAGUACGAGUCGCGUUUGUACGAAUAAAGAGACUAAACUGUAUUUAAAGAAUAGGUGGUUAUAUUAUGUGUAUCGUAUUGUGUAAAUAUUUGGUGAGAUGCGUAUUGAUAGUGAUGGAGAAAAAUAGCCAGAAAAUGAACAUUUAAUUCGGCAAAGAGACUGCAAUCGAUUUCCCAUUGUGAUGUAAAAAAUAACUAAAUGUUAUUAAAUUAUUGUUUUUGUUUCUUAAAGUUUUGAUCACCAGUCAGACAUUGUAUUGUAACAUUGUUUGUCACGUCUAUUCUUUUUUCGCCGUAACUAACAACUUGUAAACGAUUUUACCGUUUCAAUUUAAGAGUGGUGUAUCGAUAUCAUUUCCUUCAAACCUGAAAUUUGUGCACGUACAUCCCGCUCAAUCCUGAACAGUCUAAACGGACAACAUUUCAAUGGUGACUUGCUUCAAGAAAUGAUGACGCAUACAUCAAUGAACUCCCUGUUAUUGAUAAAAGUGUCGUUAAAACUUUAAAAUGUAUAAUUACGAUCGUCGGCCGCACUCGCUUAAUCGAUCAUAUUCACGUUUGUAUGGGCGUUUCCUCUGAGAGGGGGUCACAUGCCCCCUCACCCAUCUCAACAUUUUGAUAAGGGAGAGAAAAAAAGUUGGAAUGGAAUGUAAUUGAACCAAUACGUUAAGACCCUUCACACUCUGUACAUCCGGUGCCCCCCCCCCCCCCCAACCCCCGAAUGCCCGAAGCCACCCUACGUCACUGGCCUUUUAUCAGAGUAAAUCAAUAAUAGCUUCUCCCGAGCAAUUAGUGCAUCGUACUUAAGAGAGGACUUAGUAGGUUUAAACUAGACAGGGCUCUCAUCAACAGUAGGAAUUGGAUUGUAUAGGAGCAGUGAUUAAUGAUUUUUAUUUAUUUUAUCUGUUGUGUCCUCCAGAAUUAAGAACGCAACUGCUGCUAUCAAAACAUUCCUGCUAUAUCCAGUAUUGUGUUACUUAUUAAUCAUUGUAUCUUUUGUUAGGAGCAUCGUACAUAAGUAGCGCAAUAUAUUUGAAUUAUUUAACUGUUCACCACCCACUCUCAUUAAGUGUAAAAGUCGUCAACACGAUACAGGACUCAACAUCAUUUCUAUGAAAUAAAUAAAUAAGAGUGGGUGCUGAGCUAAACGAAUCAUCAUGACACAUUCAUGAGUGUGAUAUAACUUAAAGGUCGAGCGUUAUAAUUACUGAAAGACAACCUCGGAAUAGAGUGGAGUAUGUUUGUGUUGCUGAGUAGACGAAUGUAUGGUUAACAUUAAAUUGCCGACGCCGAGGAGUACAGGUUUGCCAUGUUUCUAUUGAACCCGACUGUUGCCAUAGUAUCAAAACGUUCACGUACAUUUUUAUUAAACAUUAAAGAGCAUUCCUUUUUUUUUUUUUUUUUUUUUUUUUUUUUUUUUUUUUUUUUUUUUUUUUACAGCUACACGUAAAUUCACGUUUCUGCAAACAUGUAUGUAUUCAUGAUUGAUACUAGAUGACACGUGGUUUGUAAGGAAGUAUUUGUUUUUCAUAUUGAAUCUUAACAUUUUACAUACAAGCGUACACAAGCUUUCUUAGCAGUCAGGUAAAACAAUGAAAGAAACAAACAAACCUAAAUAGUUCAUAUGAAAUGUAAAUGACCAUUGACCAUACACUUUCUUGUAUCGAAAUUACAUUUGUUAUUCUCUUUAGUUGCUUUGUGGAAAUUUCAUAGAGAUGAUUUGUUUCCCUCUCGUUAGUUUUUACCAUUUCGAUUACUGCCAUUUUCUGAUUUUUAGCAGAUUUCAAUUCCUAUAGUACUAAAUGUAUUCAUAUUGGUCAUGUAAUGUGGGUUUUUAUAUUGUGAAUUUGAGGUUUAAUUUUUGAAUGUGUAUUGAUGCCUUGAAAUUUUAUGAUGAUUAUCUUUUUAUUUCAGUAAAACAUGCAAUGUAUAGCUGUUUUUUAAAAUCAAUUCCAUAUAAUAGUGAGGUUUUAAUCUGCAUCAUUGACUCGCAGAGUUCUUUAAAUUAAUGAUCUUUUAGAGUUUAUCGGCACAUAUAGACAAGUUUAGGUGAAUUCAACGAAACGAAUUUUAUUUUCUUCACGCAAGUUCUGAGAUGGACCAAUGUAAUUCUUAUUCUUCAAAUGUGUAAAUUGUAUUAUAUAAUUUGUCUACCUAUAUGUGUGUGUAUAUUUCUCUUCAUGUUGUCAUGGUUAUUGUAAGCAUUAUAUUGAUAUUACAUUAUUUUUUAUUUUAUAGAUUAAAGUGAUAUUUAUGAACGAUA